AUGCUCCAGAAGGUUCUACUACGACCCAUGACCAGCGUUCCAUGCGCACACGAAUCCACCAUUUUGUACCGAUUCCCAUCGUCGUCUGGGAGUCCAUCCCCUCCCCCCAUCGUACCAUCGUCGCCCGAUCUGGCGCAUCAAAACCAACCCGGGCCCUCCGACCCCUACCUCGCCCUCCCACCGCCUGAAGACGAGAUCCCCGACCUCGACGAACUGCCCUCCGAACAACCACCCUCGCCUCCACCUCACACGCCUACCCCUACCAUGUCAGGGCAUCACCGCAUCACCCUCGCCGCCAACCCCCCCUACUUCGAUGGCGACAAGUCCAAAUACCUGGGCUUUGUGGACGCGUGCACCACUUACAUCGGUGCCUAUCGAUCGGAGUUCUCACAAGAUGAGACCAAAAUCCUCUUUGUCCUCUCCUACCUCCGUAACGAGAACGGCACGAGCUGCGCUGCCUCGAGAUGGGCGAUGAACUGGAAGCAGCACAACUUCGAUGGCUUCCAGGGACUGAAGGCAGGAGUCACAUCAAAGAACUUCCUGGAGGAGUUUCAGAGGGCGUUCGGGGACUCCAAUGCGGAACAAGUCGCCGCUGCUCGGCUUAUGGCCCUGCGUCAAAACAAACGGUCCUUCGCGGACUACAUCUCCGACUUUGAGAUGUUGGCCGCGGAUGCAGGCUACAAUGUGGUUGACACCACCGACGACAAAGGCGAAUACAAGAAGGGGGACCAGGAUAAUAUCCUCAUCGAGUUCCUGGAGCGCGGACUCAGCAGCGAGAUCGCCAGCCGUCUCUACAACACCGGUGUCCCUCUGCCCAAGGCCUAUGGAGCGUUCAAAGCCUGGUGCAUCAACAUCGAAGCCAAUGCUCUGCGUGACCAGCUGCGCAAAGCGUCGUAUGGGCACCCCACACAACGACCACCUCCCCAGUUCCGUCCCCAAACGGCACCAGUGGCGCCCACACCCGCUCCGGCCCGACCCGCUGCCAACGAACCGGUUCCGAUGGAAAUCGAUCGUACCCACGCCCGCGGCCGCAAUAUCAUCUGCUACAACUGUCAGCAGCCCGGGCACAUUGCGCGGAACUGCCCGGAGCCCAAGAAGAAGCGCACGUUCUUCAAUCGGGCCACAAUGCUGGAAGAAAUCGAGAACGGGGACAAGGACAACGAGUUCCUGAAGGAGAUUGCCGAGAAGCUGCGCGAGAAGGGUUUUUGA